AUGGCGACAAUUGCACAGCAGGGUCAUAAUAGCGGCUAUGUCCAACAAACCGUCAAUAACUGGAACGGGGGUAGUAGCCCAGAGGAGAAAGAUAAAAAGUGUUUACGAAACUUGUUGUUAACCGACCCCCGCCUCGAUAAAGAGGCCAUUGAGGAUGCCAAAGGCGGCCUGCUGGAACAAUCCUACUGCUGGAUCUUUGGCAACACUGAGUUCAAACAAUGGCAGCGCGACAAGAACAGCUGGCUGCUAUGGAUAAAGGGUGACCCCGGCAAGGGCAAGACGAUGCUGCUGUGCGGCAUUAUCGACAAGCUGAAGAAAGAGACAGAUCAGGAGCCAGAAGAGUGGAACAAGAAGAUGAGGGAGGAAACGUCAGCUGCUGGACCUCCCCUUUUAUCCUUCUUCUUCUGUCAAGCCUCCAACCCGAAGACCAAUAACGCCACAGCCGUGCUGCGCGGCCUCAUCUACUUGCUUGUAAAAGAGCAGCCGUCACUCCUCCGGCACGUAAGGGAGAGCUACGAUGACACAGGGAAACAGCUUUUCGAAGGGGACAAUGCUUGGUUUGCCGUGAGGAGAAUAUUCACCAAAAUUCGAGACGACACAACAUUGAAGAGGACCUAUUUCAUCAUCGACGCGCUUGAUGAAUGCGAGACAGGUUUGAAGCAGCUUCUCAAGCUGCUCGCCGAAAGCUCACUCGUAUCCUCUCGAAUCAAGUGGAUCGUCUCGAGUCGCAAUUGGCUGCAGAUCGAACAGGAAUUGGAGGCAGUCGAGCAGAAAGUUACGCUAAGUCUCGAGCUCAACACCGAAUCUGUCGCCGCUGCCCUCAACGCAUACAUCGGCCAUAAAGUCCUUAUCCUGUCACAGCGGAAAAAGUGUGAUAAGGAGACAGAAACCCGUGUACAAGACUAUCUUUCUACAAACGCAAGCGGGACUUUUCUCUGGGUGGCGUUGGUUUGCCAAGCGCUUGAGAGCCCGGAGGUUCAAACAUGGCACAUACAAGAAACGUUAGAGAUGUUUCCGCCUGGGCUGGACUCUUUAUAUGCGCGAAUUAUGAAGCGCAUUCGAGAAUCCAGAGAUGCAGAUCUCUGUAGAAAAAUUCUCGCCGUCGCUGCGACUGUUUGCCGACCUAUCAGUCUUGAUGAAAUCACCUCCCUUGUUAAGAUAUCGGUCAACAUUUCCAAUGAUCCAGAGUCCUUGAAAAAGAUUGUCAAACUUUGCGGCUCGUUCCUGACCGUCCGAGAAAAAACAGUCUAUUUUGUCCACGAAUCGGCUAAGGACUAUCUACUCGGUAAGGCUUCGGGCACAGACUCCAACGAAACAUCUCAAGACGCUUUUAACUGGGUUUUCCCUCUGGGAGAAGGGGAUGUACACCGCAUCAUCUUCUCACAGUCGCUUGAGGCGAUGUCGAUGCCAACGGUUUUACGACGCGAUAUGUACGACUUAAAGACACCGGGAUUCCCAAUCGACAAGGUUCAAACACCAUUCCCAGAUCCACUGGCCAAAGUCCGGUACUCUUGCGCUUACUGGGUUGAUCAUCUGUGUAACUGGCAGUCAAGCGAUGAUGGCAAGCACCCAGAUAUUUUCCAAGAUGGUGGUAUCGUCGAUGACUUUCUGAGGCAGCACUACCUCCACUGGCUUGAAGCACUUUCACUUUGUAAGAGCAUGCCGCAGGGGAUACUUUCCAUGGCAAAGUUCGAAAACAUGUUACAGGUAUACGCUUCAGCACUCGUGUUCAGCCCCGCCCAAAGUAUAACAAGAGGCCUAUUUACGCACGAAAAACGGAAGUGGAUUACUUCGGGGCCAAUUGUAGAGGAUAGUUGGAAUGCGUGCCGGCAGACGCUCGAGGGACAUGGCGGUUCGGUCAGGUCGGUAGCGUUCUCGCCCGAUUCGAAGUGGCUUGCGUCAGGAUCAGGCGACAAUACCAUCAAGAUCUGGGAGGUGGCUACGGGGUCAUGUACGCAGACGCUCGAGGGGCAUGGCGAUUGGGUCUGGUCGGUAGCGUUCUCGCCCGAUUCGAAGUGGCUUGCGUCAGGAUCAGCAGGCGACAACACCAUCAAGAUCUGGGAGGUGGCCACGGGAUUAUGUACGCAGACGCUCGAGGGAUAUAGCGGUUGGGUUACGUCUGUAGCGUUCUCGCCCGAUUCGAAGUGGCUUGCGUUAGGAUCAGAAGAUAACAUUAUUAAGAUCUGGGAGGCGGCCACGGGGUCAUGUACGCAGACGCUCGAGGGGCAUCGCGAUUCGGUCUGGUCGGUAGCGUUCUCGCCCGAUUCGAAGUGGCUUGCGUCAGGAUUAGCCGACAACAUCAUUAAGAUCUGGGAGGUGGCCACGGGAUCAUGUACGCAGACGCUCGAGGGACAUGGCGAUUUGGUCAGGUCGGUAGCGUUCUCGCCCGAUUCGAAGUGGCUCGCGUCAGGAUCAGGCGACAACACCAUCAAGAUCUGGGAGGUGGCCACGGGGUCAUAUACGCAGACGCUCGAGGGACAUGGCGGUUCGGUCUGGUCGGUAGCGUUCUCGCCCGAUUCGAAGUGGCUUACGUCAGGAUCAGGCGACAACACCAUUAAGAUCUGGGAGGUGGCCACGGGGUCAUGUACGCAGACGCUCGAGGGACAUCGCGGUUCGGUCUGGUCGGUAGCGUUCUCGCCCGAUUCGAAGUGGCUUGCGUCAGGAUCAGGCGACAACACCAUCAAGAUCUGGGAGGUGGCCAUGGGGUUAUAUACGCAGACGCUCGAGGGACAUGGCGGUUGGGUCUGGUCGGUAGCGUUCUCGCCCGAUUCGAAGUGGCUUGCGUCAGGAUCAGGCGACAACACCAUCAAGAUCUGGGAGGUGGCCACGGGGUCAUAUACGCAGACGCUCGAGGGGCAUCGCGAUUGGGUCUGGUCGGUAGCGUUCUCGCCCGAUUCGAAGUGGCUUGCGGCAGGAUCAGGCGACAACACCAUCAAGAUCUGGGAGGUGGCUACGGGGUCAUGUACGCAGACGCUCGAGGGACAUGGCGGUUCGGUCUGGUCGGUAGCGUUCUCGCCCGAUUCGAAGUGGCUUGCGUCAGGAUCAGCAGGCGACAACACCAUCAAGAUCUGGGAGGUGGCCACGGGGUCAUGUACGCAGACGCUCGAGGGACAUGGCGGUUCGGUCUGGUCGGUAGCGUUCUCGCCCGAUUCGAAGUGGCUUGCGUCAGGAUCAGCAGGCGACAACACCAUCAAGAUCUGGGAGGUGGCCACGGGGUCAUGUACGCAGACGCUCGAGGGGCAUGGCGGUUCGGUCAGGUCGGUAGCGUUCUCGCCCGAUUCGAAGUGGCUUGCGUCAGGAUCAGACGAUGCCAACUCCCCACAUUACCAAAGCUAUAGAAUAGGUUAUGGAAUAGGCUUUGACAAUAGAUGGAUCACGAGGGGCUCGGAAAACUGGCUAUGGCUGCCUUUAGAAUACCGGCCAAGUUGUUUAGCUGUUACGGCAUCAACGGUUGCUAUUGGCUGUUCUUCGGGGCGUGUCUUAACUAUAACGUUCACGAAAGACAGCUAA